GUUGCAGAGAUCUCAAGCAAAAUUGGCAUAAACUAUGGGCAGCUUGGCAACAAUUUGCCAUCCCCAAACAGCUCCAUUGAGCUCAUCAAAUCCAUGAAUGCAGGGCGUGUGAAGCUCUACGACGCCAACCCGGAAAUCUUAAACCUCCUGUCUGGCACCAAUCUGCAAGUCUCAAUUAUGGUCCCAAACAGUGAAAUCUCAAUCAUUGCAUCAAACCAAGCCAAAGCCGAUGAAUGGGUUCGAAACAAUGUCCUUCCCUAUUACCCCCAGACCAUGAUCCGGUACCUCCUUGUAGGCAAUGAAGUCCUUAGCUACAACUCCUCGGACCAAGAUCGCCAAAUGUGGCUUGAUCUUGUCCCUGCCAUGACUAAAAUUAAGUCCUCCCUCAAAGCGCAAAAUAUCACAAACAUCAAAGUAGGUACCCCAUUAGCCAUUGAUGUGUUACAAUCAACAUUCCCACCAUCAAACAGCAUGUUUAGGCCCGAUAUCUCCAAUUCGGUCAUGGCCCCAAUGCUAAGAUUUUUGAACCGGACCAACUCCUUUAUGUUCAUUGAUGUGUAUCCUUAUUUUCCAUGGUCUUCAAACACCACGAACAUUAGUCUAGACUUUGCAUUAUUUGGAGGAAACAACAAUACCGACUGCUACACUGACCCGGGAAGUGGGUUGAUCUACACUAACCUCCUAGACCAAAUGCUUGACUCAUUGAUCCAUGCCAUGGCCACGCUAGGGUACCCGAACAUCCGGCUUUUGAUCACGGAGACCGGCUGGCCUAAUUCUGGUGACAUCGAACAGCCUGGUGCUAAUAUACAUAAUGCAGCCACAUAUAACCGAAAUUUGAUACAUAGAAUGGUCGCUAAGCCACCUCUUGGGACACCAGCUAGGCCUGGUGUAGUCAUACCUACGUUCAUAUUUUCAUUGUUUGAUGAAAAUCAAAAGACAGGGCCAGGGACAGAGAGGCAUUGGGGCUUGUUGCAUGCUGAUGGAACUCCCAUUUAUGACAUUGACUUGGCAGGAAAACGGCGAUUGGAGGACUACGAGCCCUUGCCGGAAGCGAAUAAUAACAGUCCUUACAAGGGCAGCGUGUGGUGUGUGGUUGCUAAGGGUGUAAAUAAUGAUGAGUUGGGUUCGGCGUUAACCAAUUUGUGCAAUAGUGGUGCAGGGAAUGGUACGUGUGAUGCGCUUUCACCAGGGAAGGAGUGCUAUGAACCAGUCUCAGAGAUUUUGCAUGCGAGCUAUGCCUUCAGUUCCUACUGGGCCAAGUUUAGGAGCCAUGGAGCUACUUGCUAUUUCAAUGGGCUGGCAGAGCAAACCACUGUGGACCCCAGUCAUGGAUCUUGCAAGUUCCCUAGUGUGACUCUUUGA